AUGUUAAACAUCAAAACAGCUGGCAAUUCUCUGCCUUUCCAAGGAAUUUAUGUCAACUACAAAAAGAGGGGUCUCAAUUCUGCCAGCUUUCAGAAAAUCGCGGCUGGAGAGACAGUCACAGUAGCUGUCAACGCAGCCAAGAGCUAUCAGCUCAAGGGUAUCAAACAAGCCAAGGUUUCUGCUAUCCAAGGCUUCCGCUAUUCCACAGGAGAGGAAGUUCCGGCGGCUUUCAACGGUCUCUCGUUCUGUGCGGACCAGACAACCGACUCCGUCGAAGUAGCUCCAGACCAGAGAGUUGUAGCUGAGCAACACAUCUCAAGCAAGCCCUCAGAGGCUUUUACUUCCCGCAUCCAGAAGCGCGCUAUUACAUACUCCUCGUGCUCAGCGUCGCAGACCUCUACACUCAAGACUAGUGUUUCGGACGCCAUUUCCAUGGCCGGCGCCGCUUACACCGCCGCCGGCACCGCAGCUGACUAUUUCACAACCUGGUUCAAGUCGACCUCAGUUCAGUCUAAGGUCAGAACUAUUUACCAAGACGUCAACAACGUGCAGAAAACUUCACCAAAAAUAUCUUGCACAGACACCUAUGACGGCUGCGCCGACGGCUCUGCACUUUUGUACACGGUACCCGACGACAACGUCAUCAUUCCGUGCGCUAACAAUGGCUUCUGGGACUUCCCAGUGCUUGCUCCUAAGUGCUCGAACGAUGACUACGACAAGGCGGGCGCUGUUCUUCACGAGAUGACUCAUCUGUACGGUACCAAUGACCACGCAUAUGGAUAUGUCGCGGCGCAGAAGCUGAGUGCAAGCGCGGCAGCAGACAACGCAGACACUUAUGAGAUGUAUGCUGAGAGCGUCAGGCUUGGUGGUUGUACUGUUGGUUAA